CCCAAAAUCUCCAGUCUCUCCUGAAGGGCCACCAGGAUACCCCAGGCACAGCUGUGGGCAGGGACAAGCCAUGGCUUCGCAGGAGGUCACACAGGAGGGGGAUACAAAGGCACAGCUCCUGGCAAAGGCGUUCCAGGAUGAAGGGCUGGAUGCUGGAUACUGGCUGCCCAAAGCGUCGCAGAUCCUGGGAAUUGAGUGCAGAGAAGCCCUGCAACAUCUGGAGUACGAAGACUACCUCAAGCUGGAGUGUGAGGUAAGGCACCCCUGGGAGAAAAAGGCACUCCAGAAACUCCUGAAAAUAAGAGACGACAAAGCAACCAGUAAAGAUGUGCAGAAGGAGCACUUGGAGAAGAGAAAGGAGAAACAAGAAUUGGCCAAAGAAGCCCUGAAUGAUCUGACAGAAAUGCUCAACAGUCGCACCCACAGCCAGGAUGCUCUGAGGGAGAAAGCAGAGACUGUGUGGCAAGCCAUGGAGAUUCCCAAAGAGUUCUGGCCAGCACCAAAGGAACCCUUGGCGGAUAUGCUGGAGAGCAUCCAGAAGCAGCUGGAGCAGCAGGAGCUGCCAGCAGGCAGGAGAGAGAACAUCCCUGACGCGGAGGUGCUGAGGCGGGCGUCAGGGGGACUGGCCCUGCAGGGCAUCUACAGAACCAGCAGACCUGGAGAUGCGCUGGCAAAGCGAGAUCAGCUCCUCAGGGUUCCUGAGGGAUUCCAGUUCGCCGGUCCAGAGCAAGGAUCGGUGCUUGAGAGGAAGGACUUCUCCUCCUCUGCAGCAGAAUCCUCUUUCACCAAGUCCAUGGAGCAGCUGGGGUUCAGCAUGAGUGUUUCUGCCAAAUGCAAGUUCUGGGGAAUUAAUCUGGGAGUGGGUGUAGAUGGCAGCAGCUCCUCGCGGUCACAGGACACCCACCAGUCCCGCUCUGAGCAGAGCUACUUUUGCAGCACCAGGUACCAGUACCUCCCUCUGGCCUCCUGCUACUUCCAAAGGCAUCAGCUUUGCCUCUCGGAUGUGGCUCUGCGGGAGCUGCAAGACAUGGAGCCACUUUUGAGCUCCACUCAGGAAGAAGACAACCCCACCUUGCUGAAUAGCAUGUGUGAGAGGUUCUUCAGCAGGUUUGGGUCCCACGUAAACCAGGGUCCCCUCCACUUUGGGGGGAUAUUCUGGUGGAAGGCGUCUACUGAGGGAUUCCGAGAGGAGCAGAGGGAAGAGAUGAAGCGACAAACGUCUGAAGCUCUGAACAGCUUUGUCAGGGCCAGCUGGGGUGGCUUCCUGGCAAGUGCUGCGGGGGCCCUGGAUGUUUCUAAAUCCAGCUCAAAGGCUUCUGUCCUGGGAAGAGCCGGAGAGGGUUCCCAUACAGCGAUUCAGCUCUACGUGGUCAACACAGGGGGCCCACCAGACACCGCUUCUCUUCCUCAGUGGAGAACGGGGCUCGUGUCUGAUAACACAACGUGGUGCGUUAUUGACCGUGGGUUUGAGCUGAUCCCAGUGUGGGAUGUCAUCCUGUACAAUCACAGCAGGGAUUUUAAGUCCGUGGGUCAGAUGAGCAGAGCCCUCCGGGCUGCGUACAAAGCACUGACAAAUCUGAGUGUCGGCAGCAUUUUUGGAGAGGAACUGGGCAGUGCAGUGCAAGAGGCCAGAGAUUUCAUGAGGACUCUGAAAGCCUGGGAGGUGCCGGCGGAUGAAAGGAAGCUGCUCAUGCUGAUGGAGCUAAAAGAUGAUCUGAAUGCAAAAACCAGGAACCCCAGUGUGUGGAUCAACGUGUGCCUGUCAGACAAAGCCCUGCAGGACUUCCUGGUGAACACCGUGCAGAGUUGCCAGGAGUCACCUCCAGAAAACACCAGAUUUAUCAAGGUAAUAUUGAAAAGCCUCCUGACUCCACAUAUCUACUCUGUCAAGGACUUCCCUGAGGCUUCCUUCAUUAUGCAAUGGAUCUUCCAGACUGAGCACCCACUUCCCAAAUCUCCCAAAGUCUCUGAGCUUGAAGACCUCAUCAAAACACUGCAGCAAAUGAAGGAGCACAUCCAUGCUGUCUCCUACGCACCAGGAAGCUCUGCUUCCGCCAUUCAUGAAGCAAAGCGAGAAGCGACCCAGACCAGCAGCCUCGCCAUUUAUUCCUUACUCCAGUGUCUCCAGGAAAAGGCUCAGAAGGACGUGGAACUGUUGGUGCUCUUGAUUGUGAGCAGCACAGGGUACCAGGUGGAAAGCAGCACUUUUCAGCACCUCCUUGGACACCCAGAAAUUGAGUACAUGGCCAAGGAAAUGGAAGUGGCACAUGAGGAGUACGUGAACCUGAAGGAGCAAGAUGCCGACAGAGCUGAGGCCUCUCUUCUGCUGAAGGGUCUGACUGUGACACCAGAAAGUCAAGGGCUGUCCCCUGGGCAGAAGAGGGAGCGUUUAAUUUUCAUGGAAGAUCACAUGAAAGGCUUGUGGUCCACACGGAUAAAGAAUCUGCUCCAAAAGCACAGUGGAGGUGAAGACUGGGAGAGGCUGGAAGAGGACUUGCAUUCCUUGAUCAGUGGGUGCUUGGAUGGCAACGGGGAUGAAGAGAGGAUGCAGAACAUAAUCAGAGACCUGAAAGGCACUUUUCCAACAUCUGAACUCCCUAGGCAGUCUCAAUCCAUCUCCAACAGCAGCCAAUCCGAAGCAAAUGAAGCCAUCACAAACCAGGAGUUCCUCCAGCUGCUCAAGCGCCUGGGACUGGAAAGUCACUAUCCAAGAAUAAUGGGGAUGGGAGAUUUCCACACCAUCUGCAGGACAUGUCUGCAGGACAGCCAGCCCAGCCAGGACACGGAACUGCCAGGUUACUUCCUGCAAAAGCUGUUAACCGUGGAUUACCAGGUGAGGUACCUGACUUGCUGGGAUGAGAGCAUCCCAGGCCUUGCACCUGUGCCAGUAUCUACAAAGGAAGAGGAUGAACUGUCAGACUGCUUUGAUAACUUUCUUGAUGAUUUGGAGGAAGCAGCCCCUGAAUGUGUGAGCAGGGACAGCUAUGUGCACCCCAUGGACCUGCAGAUGGCCAUUUUCCACUGCGCUGAUGACUUCCUGAGACAGACCCUUGCAACCAAGCUGGCCUUCUGCCAACUGGCGCUGCCUCUGCUGGUGCCCAACCCGUGCACUUCACGCAUCGAGUUCCCGCUCUAUGCCCUCAGCCAAAUCCAAAGGAGCUGGAAAGAGGUUGAGAAGUCAGGAAAGCAGGCCCAAACAAAGAGUUACAACAACAAACUCAUCUUUCAGACACAGACACCUAUCGUGUCCUUCAUCCGCAUUGGCAGCUCGGCCUCCUCUUCCAAGUCUCAGCUCCUGAACGCUCUGCUGAGCGAACGCAAACACAACACUUUCUUCCACCGCCACUGCAGAGGCAGCACCAGGGAGCGUUUGCUGAUGGAAGGGGUGGUGGAGAUUGCCUGGUACUGCCCCCGUGGAAGCCCCGAUGACACCUUUGAGCGCUGCGUGGCUUUCUGCAACCUGCAUGGAGAUGCCAGGGAUCACAAAGCACAGCUGCAGUUCCUGCAGGAGAUAUCUGCUGUCAACGUGGCUCUGGUGUCCGAUUCGGAGCACAUGGACAGCAGGGGGAAAAAGCUUCUGCAGGACCUGUGGCAGUCACAAAGGCCUUUGGUUUGUCUUCUCACGGAAAAAGAGAACGUUGCACCUGGGCGAUCAAGUACAAAAAUAAAAAUUGGGAUCAGGAACAGAAACGAAGCAGAACUGGUGAUCCAGCUGAGCAAAACAAUUGGGAAUCUCCUGGAAGGGUCUAAUCCAUGUUUCAGCCUGGACACCUGUGCAGACAAAGCUCGCCAGCACGGAUUCAUAGUGGAUGCAGAUCAACCCGGGUGUGUGGCAGCCAAAGCAAAGGCAAAGGAGCUGGUGGAGCUUCUGAAGAAAGAGAAGCUGUCUGAGAUCAAAUCCCAGCUGCUGCCGCUUCAAGGAAAACUGUGGUACCAGUGGUGCAAAAAGGACAAAGAACUCACUCGCUUGCAGGAGAAGGGGAACAAGAGCAUUGAGCAUCAUCGCAGCCAAAUUGAAAAUGAGAAGAAAGCACUAAGAAGAAAGCAACUUGAGCAAGCUUUCCCCCUCAACCCACUGAUGGAAUCAUUCCUUGGCUUCCUCAAGGGCCAGCCAGCAGAUACCAAGAAGUAUUUCCUGCAGUGGAUGAAGGUCUCCAUGGAUGAGCUGUCCUGUGGUCGCCUUGAAAAACUGAGAAGAGACUAUCAUGAGUUAUGGACUGAAAUCUCGACAGGAAAGAAAAACCAGUUGCUGAAUCAGCUGGAUUCCAUCUCUGAUGAAAUCAACAAUUCAUCCAUCGGCCUGGAGCACCUUCUGAGAGAGGUAGGGCAGAUUUAUGAAGCUCUGCAGUUAAUGAACCCCAAGGAUGAGCUUUAUGCUAAACUGCCAGAAAUUGCAGCAGAGCUGAUGGUUUUGGGUUAUCCCGUGGAGCUGAUGGAUGGGGACGCUUCUUACCUGCCCUUGCGCUGGGUGGGAGCCAUCUUUGACAGCUUAAUGGGGAGGCUGGGGGACAAACGAGUGUUUGUGCUCUCCGUGCUGGGCAUCCAGAGCACAGGCAAGUCCACCCUGCUGAAUGCCAUGUUUGGUCUGCAGUUCAGCGUCAGCGCGGGGAGAUGCACCCGCGGAGCCUUCAUGCAGCUCAUCCCAGUGGGCGAGGAGCUGCAGCAAGACUUGGGCUUUGAUUUUGUGCUGGUGGUUGACACAGAGGGACUCCGUGCCACCGAGAUGGCCAGUAAACAGUCCCUGAACCAUGACAAUGAGCUGGCCACCUUUGUCAUUGGUGUUGGUAACAUGACUGUGAUCAAUGUGUUUGGAGAGAACCCGUCAGAAAUGCAAGAUGUUCUCCAGAUCGCUGUGCAGGCUUUCCUGAGGAUGAAGAAAGUCAAUCUUUCCCCCAGCUGCCUCUUUGUCCACCAAAAUGUGGGAGAAGCAACUGCCAAGGAGCAGAACAUGGAAGGACAAAGGCGUUUGCAAGAAAAGCUGGAUGAAAUGACCGUGAUAGCUGCUCAGCAGGAAUUCUGUGACAUCUCCUCCUUCAGCGAUGUCAUUGGCUUUGAUGUCAACACCCACAUUCACUACUUUGCUCACCUGUGGGAAGGAAACCCCCCAAUGGCACCACCCAACCCCACCUACAGCCAGAACGUCCAGCAACUAAAGAGCAAAAUCCUCCAGGCUGCCAAGAAGCAGUCGCAGCGCAGCAUUUUGACGCUCUCGAGCCUGAAAGAUCGUAUUGGUGACCUCUGGAAUGCUUUGCUGAAUGAAAACUUUGUUUUCAGCUUCAAGAAUUCCCUGGAGAUUGCUGUGUACCGGAAACUGGAAAGUGCCUUUAGUCGGUGGACCUGGAAGCUGAGGAGUCACAUCUUAGACGUACAGAUGAGACUGGACAACCGAAUUCGGAAUGGGGACUUGCAGAAUGUCACCAGAAAACACCUUGAAGGGCUGGUGCAAAAGACAAGUGAUGGCAUUGAGAAAGAAGUGGAGAAGUAUUUCAGGGAAGACAAAGACCAUGAGACACUGGUCCAGUGGAAAUCAGGCACAGAGCUGAAGCUGAAAGAACUAAAAGAGACUCUUCUCCAUGAAACGAAGAAGAAAUGUGAGAGUCUUAUAGAGCUACAGAAGGAGCAGAGGAAACUGGAUGCACGGAAGUUGGAAUAUGAAGAUGAGCUCCUGAGAAGGAGUAGGGAGCUGGCUGUGACUCUGAAAGGGAAGAGCCUGAGUGAGAGAGAACUGAGGGACAACUUUACUCUUGUCUGGAAUAAGUGGAUUGCCGAAGUCUCCAGUGCUGCUCGUCCUCUGGAACAGGUGAAUAUCGAUGCAGACAUCGAAGAAGUCCUUCUGGAGCACUUUAAGGAGCCAGGUUUCCAUGCACGGAUCAGGUCAUUUCCCAAAGGCAGUGGAUUUUCUUUCGACUUAGAGAAACAUGUAAUGAAAAAAAAAUAUUUUGGUGUCUUCACUAAGAGCAUUUCUUAUGCUGAUGCAAUCAACUUGCAGCACAUCACAGACAACAUCAUAGUGUGUGUGAAGGCAAACAUUGAUAAGAAGGAACAGGAGAAACGGGAUUACAGUCGAAAUUUUAUCCAUGAAAUACUCAAUGAAGUACACAAAGGUGUGAACUCCGUCCCCAGCCAUGCCAAAUGUACUUUUAACAGAGAGUACAGCAUAGCUUUGUCUCUGUAUCUGUGCAAAAUGGCAGCGGAAAGGUUUAAAGCCAUGCAUGAAGCAUUCCAAAAGGCAAAUGACCCAGUUGUGUACCUGAGCAGCAAGAGAGAAGAGUUCUUCCAAUGUUUCCAGAUGUCCUGCCAAGGAGCCACAUCAAUCACAACUUUUGCUGUUUUCCUUUGUGAGAAGAUUGAAGCGGCUCUUCGCCGGGCGGUCUAUGAGAGGACGUCUAAAGCCAUCGCUGAGGACAUGCAGGGCAAAUUCCCAGAUUUCAGGGGCAACAGAGCCAAUCUGGAAGUUUGCAUCCUGAGAUACCUGGCAGAACAAGAAAAUUUUGAGUAUUUCAUGCAGUAUAUUUUUUUCCCAAAAGAAUUUUUCCAGAAAUACAUUGAAACACAAGUUAAGAGUUACUGUUUAGGUAAUGGUAAGAGACUGGAGAACUUUUUAGAUUGCUUGCUUAAUCUUCUCUAUGGAAACAUCCUGUCUGCUGUUUCUUUAUCAACCCAAAUUGUCAAAGACAGAAAAGACAGAGAAGACAAUGUCUCUCUUUGGCUGGAUGAAUUUUGCAGGGAACUGACAGAAGUGAUCAACUUGCCCAGAAGUGACCUGAAGGGCAUCGAGCACCAAGAGGUCACAGACACUGAGUUCCUGAGCAGUGCCAUGGCAGAAGCUCUGGAUGACCUGAGGGACAGGCUCAGGAAAGAAUUUGCUGGUGCUGAUAUGAGCUUGUUUUCAACACAGCCUCACACCAUCCUGGUGGAGCAGUUUUCGGGGUGCUGGGAGCAGUGUCCGUUUUGUGGGGCUGUCUGCACAAACACCAUGCAGGGACAUGAUGGAGAACAUCAGCUAGUCUUCCAUCGCCCAGAAGCUUUGGUGGGAGACCGAUAUUUUGAGACAGAUGAGCUGGUCAUUGAUAUUUGUUCCAGCCUUGUUGCAAGUGAUUCCGUAUUCAGAGUUGAUGGUAAUGAAUGGAUCCCUUAUAAGACAUACCGUGAUGCUGGACCUCCUUUUUCCAAUUGGAACAUUCUUCCUGAUUCAUCCAUGCAGGCGUAUUGGAAAUGGUUUGUUUGUCAUUUCAGGGCACAGCUGGAAGAUUUGCACAAUGGUAAAUUUCAGGGCAAAGGAGAAAUCCCUGAGGGGUGGCAGAGAAUUACCAAGCAGGAAGCAUUGUCCGAGCUGGACAGGCGUUAGGCCACAUCCAUGGGAAGGAAGAACCACAAGGGCUUUGCAGUUUUGGAGUACUUUGUACCAGGCUCUCCACAAAUUCAGUUACAAUGAUGACACUCUCAAGCCCAAUGAAGACAAGGGUGUCCAACUGCUCCUGAGUUUUGUGAAAUAAGGCACUUUACUGUGGCUGUUGCUCAGGAACUCCCUUGCUUGAUGAGAAAGCCAGAAUCCUCUUGCCUUCUUGCCAUAAACAUUUCCCUCUGCUUUGUCCUAGAGCCAAACCAAAGCCUCUCCUUGUGGCGAUUGGCCUCAUGGCCAAGCCUGAGCCCGAGGGCCAGGGCAAGGGCAGAGGCAGCACUCAGAGCACCCCUUGGCUCAGGUGCUGUGAGACAGAAGAGACAGUGCCCCCAAGGCAGUUUUCCUGCAGCAAGGAGGUGUCCUGCUCGGAGAAAGAGCUGCAGGACCUGAGGCCAGCUCCACGCUGGCUGCAAGCUGGGCUGAUUGGCUUUUGGGUGUCAUCCUUCCCUCCCUCACUGCAGCCUCCUGGAUCAACUGAGGCCAUUCUCCCAGCAGGAGCUGUUGUGCCUCUGGGCUCAGGAAAGCAGGGACACGAUGGCCCCGGGGCUCAGGCAGUGCUUUCACUCCCAGUCUCGGAGGUGCUGUGUCUCUGUCCAGGGCAGCCGCUCCUGCUCAGGUGCCUGGGGCUGCUGCCCUUCCCUGCAGCCCUCAGGCCUGCAAGGAGAUGCUCCUGCCCUUGGCCUCACUGCUGAGGAAAGCCUUGGGAAUGCCCCAUGUGGAGAAUCCUGCCUGCCAGCACCUUCCACAGCAGCCCUCGGGGCAGUGCUGGUGCUGUCCAGGCAGGCUGGUGGCACUGGAGCCGUGCUCUGGAGAAGGUGGCACCAGCUGGCUCUGGCCCAGGCAGGCGUGGGGGCUUUUGCUGUGCAGGUGCUGCAGCCCCGCUGGCAAUGCGAGGGCCAAGCCCUGCUGGAGAGCUGGCUGAAGGGCUGCUUCAGCCUCAUGCCCUGCAGGCUCUGCUAAUAAAGGAGUUGAUUUGGACCUCCCUGCUCUGUGUCCCCUUUGUGUUCAGGACAGACACAGCUGGGGGUGACUCGAGACAGGCAGGGGACAGGGGGUGGCACUGGGUGAAUUUCCAAGGCCUGAACAACGGGCCCUGCCUGAGGCCUGAACGUUAGGCCCUGAGCCAAAGUUGCCCAGUGGAUGAACCUUUCCACCAAAAGCGAUGUGUAUCCACUCAUUAGGGAAGCAUUAUUAGCCAUAUGAUAAAUGUAUCUGCUCAUUAAAGAAGCAUCAUUAACAAUAUGAUCUGUGAAUGUGCUCAUUAGUGGAACAUGCAUUUAUCUCUCCAUAUUUACAAAUGGGACAAGAUCCAUGAAAUCUGACAUCUGUCCUUGUUUGGGGGUGUAGGAUCAAAGACAACUCCCUUGGUUCCUGCUUUAGCCCAGGCCAGGCUUUGGGAGGAACCCAAGAGGAAAAAGAAACGAGAUGUUCCUGCCCUAGAAGUGAUGUUAGCUUGGUUAUUGAACAAUAUAAGAACAGGACCCUCUCACAGUGCAGUUGGAAGCCUUGUUGCCUGCAGGUGGACACCCCACAGUAAUUCCCAGUUACCGAGAGGGACUCUCCGUUCCUUCACUGUGACAGGGGCUCCCCAGCUGAUGUGUGGAGCUGGAGGAUGGUAAAGUCUUGGGGUAACUGGAGAUGUAAUGUGUGUCAUCUCACUGUAUGCAAUCUUUUGUAGUAAUGAUGAUGUGCCUUGCUGAGAUUGCCAUCCUUUUGUGAUUCUUGGCAGUUUUGCAUUAUAGUA